AUGUGGUCAUACGAUGGAUGGGCUAAUUGGAAAGAACAUGAAAAGGAACCAAACCAGAGCCCUUGUGAGGCAUGUGUUGUCGUAAAGCAUUUUAAAAUGAGAAUAAAGAGCUGUGGUGACCUGUUUGCAGCUCUUUGUAGAAAAGAUGUUCCAACUACGACACAAAGAACAUACUCAUCUGUAGCAACGCCAUGUGUCAAGACCACAACACAAAGCACACACUCAGAUGUAGUGACGUCAGAUGUCACGACCACGACACAAAGCACACACUCAGAUGUAGUGACGUCUGAUGUCAAGACCACGACACAAAACACACACUCGGCUGAAGUGACGUCCGAUGUCAGGACCACGACACAAAGCACACACUCAGAUGAAGUGACGUCAGAUGUCAGGACCACGACACAAAGCACACACUCAGAUGAAGUGACGUCAGAUGUCAAGACCACGACACAAAGCACACACUCAGAUGAAGUGACGUCAGAUGUCAAGACCACGACACAAAGCACACACUCAGCUGGAGCAACGGCUGUUGUCCCGACGAUGUCUACCAAUGUUGUGCCCACAGCUUACAAUAACACUCUGGUUGAUGGUAGUUGUGAAGAGUGUUGUGUCAAAAACAACAAGAGCAGACAACUCAGUCAUGAAGAGUUGAAAAGUGUCAUCAAAGAAUUGAAAUCUCAGCUGGCUGUAAACAAAAACAACUUGUCCACAAACCGCCGGAAACUCAUCAGUGUUUACGACUCUCGGCCAAGCAGUGUCGCCAUGGGAGGUGUGGCUAUAGCCAUUAUGAUUGUAAUCCCCGGUAUCAUCGUUAUCCCAGACAUGGUCAACCUUGUCAGGUUCAUGUACAGACGGCAAAAGAAACACUUACUCUAGACAGACGAGGGGAGACAACACUCGCAGAAACUCUAGCAGUUUCAAAAAAAAAGAGGACACACGGAAGAAUAGAGAGAGCUUGAGACGCAGAAAGACUACGUUUGAGUCCUUUGCUGAUUUUUCAUAUAAAAGAAUCCCUCUACAUUGGCUUUUUUAAAUAAAAAUGAUUUU